AUGGAGGUCCUCAAUCAGCGUGCGGCCCUGCUCUCUAACUAUGAAGUCUUGACUCUCCUUCGCGAGCUCGAGAGCGAUCAUCUCGCACGCACGAAGACAGCUUUGCGUAUCAAGAAAGAGGAGGAGCUAGCCGGGAAUCACGCCGCAAAGUACCAAGUCCCUUCAGAUGAGAUCUGCGAAAAUCUGAGAACGAUCGAGGUGGAGGGUAUACAAUACCUUUCUGCCGACUAUCAACCUACGGCUGCUCAAAGUGAAGCCGGUAUAACCCAGCUCACGCGUAGCCUAUCCGCGUAUGACUUGACGAAGGCGGAAAAGCUACAGAUUGUGAAUUUGGCACCCGUUGAACCUGUUGAACUCUAUGUGAUAGUGGAAGAACUGGAAGAUAGACUCGGCGAGCAGAUGGACGAUAUCCUCACAACGGUGAGGUCUUCUCUGCCUGAUGCCCUACCGAUAGCCACCAACGACGCGGAGGACGGUGCAAACGCGAACGCGACAGAGAAUGUGCAGCUUACGUACUCCGUUGUGGAAUCACAAGAAUAUACCGAAGAAGAUGGGAUGUGGGAUUACGAUGCCAACGAGAUUUUGUUUGACGAAACAGGAGAGGGUGUUGGUGUCGAGGGCGAUCUGGACGUGGAGGAAGAUUGA